AUGACCAACGCGCUGGCUUACUGGGCGGCUCUCGACUGCAGACCCAUUGCUGUUGUAGAAGAUAAGGGGCUGGAAAAGAUUCUUCAGAUUGCCCUGUCUGACCCCACGUAUGAGCUGCCAUGUAGAAAAACGGUGACAAAGAGGGUCCAGCAGCUCUACGACAGUGAAAAGGGGGAGAAGGAGAAUUUGUUGAAGAAAGCCGAAUGCGUCGCUAUUACUGGAGAUCACUGGACCUCAGUCAGCAACGCAAAUUACCUCGGCGUGACCGCACACUUUAUUGACAACAAGUGGCGCCUUCACUCGUUUGCCUUAACCAUCAAGAAGAUAACCACGAGGCACUUUGCUGAAAACGUGGCAGAAGAUUUUGAGUCUGUGACGGAGGCCUGGGAAAUCACACAGAAAGUCACCACAAUCGGAACAGAUAGUGCCCGUACCAUGAUCGCUGCAAUGACACAGCUCACAUUUCAGCACAUGCCGUGUAUUGCUCACAUGGUACAGAGGACGAUCACAGUUUGUCUUAGUGACAGCGGGUUCACAGCCACACUGGCGAGAUGUCGUAAGAUAGUUGGGCAUUUUAAACACAGCCCCUCAAACACAGAGGAACUGCACAACGAACAAACACAACUGGGCCAAGACAACGAGCCACUGAUACAGGACGUUCCCACUAGGUGGAAUUCCACCCUGUUGAUGGUCUCUCGUCUGCUGAAAAACCAAGAUGCUGUUAAGGCUACGCUCGCCAAACAGAAGCACAAGCUCACCAUGUUGAAUGCAGCAGAAUGGGACAGACUGCAGAGGCUCGAAACCCUACUUUCCCCAUGCAGAGACGUGACAGAGCUCCUUGGGGGUGAGAAUUAUGUGUCAUGCUCAGUUGUGUUGCCUGUUCUCCGCCACCUGACCCGCACCAUGAAGGCCUCAGAUGAUGACCCAGCCUAUGUGGUGAAGUUCAAGGCUGCUUUUGAAAAGGACCUGUCUCAGCGUGAGGAUGCCCUAAAUCACAGAUUUCUACAAGUGGCUACAGCACUCGACCCUCGCUUUAAGGACCUAAAGUGUCUACCAAGAGGAGAGCGAGGAGAGGUGUGGACCAGCAUUGAGGCACUGGUGCAACAACAACCAGGCAGAGCCACUCCGGAAUGCACAGAGGAGCCAGCAUGGAAGAGGAGCCUCCUGCUGUAUAAUUCCGACUCUGAAUCAGAGGAUGAAGAUGGGCCCAAAGGAGCCGUGGCCCGCUACAAGGCAGAGCCUACCAUCAGUGAGAGAGACUGCCCACUGCAGUGGUGGUCCACUCAUGAGAGAGCCCAUCCACAGCUCUCUGUCCUGGCCCGCAAGUAUCUAGGCAGCCCUGCCACUUCGGUACCCUGCGAAAGAUUAUUCUCCCUGGCAGGUAAUAUAGUUCAAAAGAAGAGGGCAGCCCUGAGCUCCGAAAAUGUGAACAGGCUAGUAUGUCUCAGCAACUGGCUGAAAGAGAGGAAGUAAUAAGUUAAAUGUGUAUCCUGAGGCCAGUUGGCCAGUUGUGUUUCAAAUGGGAAAAAAUGGAGGUCAAUCACUGUCACUUUAUGUUGAACUGAACUGUCUGAAUGGCCAAUGUUACAAAGAGUUGGACUGAAUUUCAUUUUAUUUCUGACUUAUUUUUUGUAAACAGUUGAACUGUUGAUAAAUCCACGAAUUGUGUUAAAGCCUCAGAGGCUUUUUGUUCUGAAUGUACUUGAGAGUAUUGCAUUUUUGCAUUUAAAAAGCAGUAUUAAGCACUACCUAUACCUGUAGAGCUACCUGAAUUCUGAGUUUAGCGUUCCUAAAUAUGUUGAACUUUAAAAUUUGCACUGGCAUGUUGAUAUUUCUUUA